ACAUCAGGUCAUCAGGUAAGUAACGAUGACUUAAACACAAAUUGAAAAACAUAGCCAGUACCCUAGGCAGGUGGACUCCGAUAAAUAACAUUGCUAUUGCAAAAACAUUAAUUGAAAGGCAUAAAAAGGUAGAACAGUCUGAAAGGCGUCAGUCAGUAUUUCAGGAAGCUCAGUGUUCUCACGAUCAUCAAGACAUUGGUGUAAAGUUGCCACAAAUACAAAUCUCCAAAUUCGACGGCGCGUAUUUCCGCUGACUCGAGUUUCAUGACACGUUCGAAAACUUAAUUCAUAAAAACGACCGAAUAAAGUCAAUUCAUAAAUUUCACUAUUUAAUAUCGUAUUUAGAGGGAGAAGCGGGUAGAAUUAUUUCUAACCUCGAAGUAUCGUCCGCGUAUUACGAUAAAGCUUGGGAGUUAUUAUGUGAGCGGUAUAACAAUAAACGAGUGCUAAUUAAUCACCAUCUCAGCUCACUAUUCAACAUACAACCGCUCACGCGUGAAUCAGAACGAGCUUUACGAUUUUUAGUAGAUCAUGUAACGAAGAAUUAAUUUACGUGCCUUAUCCAGCUUAGGCCAACCUACGGACAAGUGGGAUACUCUAAUUAUUUUCAUUCUCACAUCUAAAUUGGAUAAUCACACGCUGAUGAAGUGGGAAGAGUCACGUAAUGACUUGAGCAGUAUCCCUACUCUGGCUCACUUUAAUAAAUUUCUAAUUGACCGGGCGGACGUUCUCGAGGCGAUAAAUCGUAAUAAAUACGAAAAUAGUAAUUCAUCGAAAGCUUAUCCACAAAAUCAAAAUUCAUCGCGUUCCUCAUCAGCUAAUAACAAUAAUUAUAAACAACAAUCGAAUAAUAAUUACAAUAAACAAAACCGAGUUUCAGACACCAAAUCGUUCGCUGCUACAAACCAAACAAAGUCAAAUAAUUAUCUUUGCGUAAUUUGUGACGGAAAUCACAGAAUCUAUGAUUGUCCCACAUUUAAAGCUAAAAGUAUGCAGGAGAGAUUAGCGGACGUUGCAAGGUAUAAGCUAUGCACAAAUUGCCUCAGACAAGGACACCCCACGCAAGAAUGCAAAAUGGGGCCUUGUCGAGAAUGUAAACAAAGGCAUAAUAGUUUACUUCAUAAUCAGGAUCAACGCUGGAUAGUCAUUCUGCUGUUUGCCAAUCUGAAACUAGCGCCAACUUCACAAAUUAAAAUUGUGAAGUGAUUUUAUCUACAGCGUUGAUUCAGGUAUCUAAUCCACGUACAAGCGAAACAGUGGAGGUCCGCGCGCUGCUAGACUGCGGCAGCCAGUCCUCCUUUAUAACUAAAUCACUAAAGAACAAAUUAUCUCUCAACUCAAACCCAACAGAUCCGAUCAAAGUAAUCGGCAUCGGAAACAAUUGCACAAACAAUAUCGUCGAAAAUUGUACAGCUAAAGUACAAUCCCUAAAUAGUCCAUUCAAUGUUACUAUGUCAUAUUUUGUGCUAAAAGAAAUAACAAGUAACUUACCUAAAAUGCCCAUCGAUUUACAAAUGCUAAAUUUAUUUACCUAAAGAUUUACAGUUGGCUGAUCCAAAAUUUUACCAGCCUGCUCCCGUCGAAAUGCUCCGUUGGUCCCGGCUGCAUUAGCAGUCGUUAAUAACCAUCAAUCCGCACUGGGCCUGCGUGAUGGUUUAAGGCCCGAUCUCCCUAUCCAUCCAUAGGGAAGGCCCGUGCCCCAGCAGUGGGGACGUUAAUGGGCUGGUGAUGAUGAUGAUAACAUUUACGAGACUCCUGGAAUACUGCAUAUAGUAUAAAAAUUAAAGUCGAAUAUAACGGCCUCUGUGGUCCAGUGGUUGAGCGUUGGACUCACGAUCCGGAGGCCCCGGGUUCGAAUCCCGGUAGGGGCAUAUCACAAAAAUCACUUUGUGAUCCCUAGUUUGGUUAGGACAUUACAGGCUGAUCACCUGAUUGUCCGAAAGUAAGAUGAUCCGUGCUUCGGUAGGCACGUUAAGCCGUUGGUCCCGGUUACUAUUUACUGAUGUAAGUACUUUUAAGGAUAAAAAGUUAUUAUAGAUUUACUAUUUAGAUUUCGUAACGCCUACAGACUUAAAAUGAGCAAUUCCGAAAUUGAACACAUAAGCGGUAUUCUAUCAGCAGUAAAAUUAGGAUAGUGACAGGCCAUCCUGACGGUCACCAUUUUUUGGGUGAAAUCAGAUCUUCGCCACCUGCUGUAGUUAUCGAGAUAAGCAGUUAAUUAUUUUGAAGUCGGUGCCAAGUAAAUGCAAUAACGAGCAAGCGAGCAACGCUACCAAGUACUUAGGGUAUGGUACCAAGUACUUUGGGUUUGGUACCAAGUACUUGGGGUUUGGUACCAAGUACUUGGGGUAUGGUACCAAGUACUUGGGGUAUGGUGGUAAGUACUUGGGGUAUGGUGGUAAAAACUUGGGGUAUGGUGGUAAGUACUUGGGGUAUGGUAGUAAAUACUUGGGGUAUGGUGGUAAGUACUUGGGGUAUGGUGGUAAGUACUUGGGGUAAGGUGGUAAGUACUUGGGGUAAGGUGGUAAGUACUUGGGGUAUGGUAGUAAGUACUUGGGGUAUGGUAGUAAAUACUUGGGGUAUGGUGGUAAGUACUUGGGGUAUGGUGGUAAGUACUUAGGGUAUGGUGGUAAGUACUUGGGGUAUGGUAGUAAGUACUUGGGGUAUGGUGGUAAGUACUUGGGGUAUGGUGGUAAGUACUUGGGGUAUGGUAGUAAGUACUUGGGGUAUGGUAGUAAGUACUUGGGGUUUGGUACCAAGUACUUGGGGUAUGGUGGUAAGUACUUGGGGCAUGGUAGUAAGUACUUGGGGUAUGGUAGUAAAUACUUGGGGUAUGGUGGUAAGUACUUGGGGUAUGGUGGUAAGUACUUGGGGUAUGGUAGUAAGUACUUGGGGUAUGGUGGUAAGUACUUGGGGUUUGGUACCAAGUACUUGGGGUAUGGUAGUAAGUACUUGGGGUAUGGUAGUAAGUACUUGGGAUAUGGUAGUAAGUACUUGGGGUUUGGUACCAAGUACUUGGGGUUUGGUACCAAGUACUUGGGGUAUGGUAGUAAGUACUUGGGGUAUGGUAGUAAGUACUUGGGGUAUGGUGGUAAGUACUUGGGGUAUGGUGGUAAGUACUUGGGGUAUGGUGGUAAGUACUUGGGGUAUGGUAGUAAGUACUUGGGGUAUGGUAGUAAGUACUAGGGGUAUAGUAGUAAGUACUUGGGGUAUGGUAGUAAAUACUUGGGGUAUGGUGGUAAGUACUUGGGGUAUGGUGGUAAGUACUUGGGGUAUGGUGGUAAGUACUUGGGGUAUGGUGGUAAGUACUUGGGGUAUGGUAGUAAGUACUUGGGGUAUGGUAGUAAGUACUUGGGGUAUAGUAGUAAGUACUUGGGGUAUGGUGGUAAAUACUUGGGGUAUGGUGGUAAGUGCUUGGGGUAUGGUGGUAAGUACUUGGGGUAUGGUAGUAAAUACUUGGGGUAUGGUGGUAAGUACUUGGGGUAUGGUGGUAAGUACUUGGGGUAUGGUGGUAAGUACUUGGGGUAUGGUAGUAAGUACUUGGUGUAUGGUAGUAAGUACUUGGGGUAUGGUAGUAAGUACUUGGGGUAUGGUAGUAAGUACUUGGGGUUUGGUACCAAGUACUUGGGGUAUGGUGGUAAGUACUUGGGGCAUGGUAGUAAGUACUUGGGGUAUGGUAGUAAAUACUUGGGGUAUGGUGGUAAGUACUUGGGGUAUGGUGGUAAGUACUUGGGGUAUGGUAGUAAGUACUUGGGGUAUGGUGGUAAGUACUUGGGGUUUGGUACCAAGUACUUGGGGUAUGGUAGUAAGUACUUGGGGUAUGGUAGUAAGUACUUGGGGUUUGGUACCAAGUACUUGGGGUUUGGUACCAAGUACUUGGGGUUUGGUACCAAGUACUUGGGGUAUGGUAGUAAGUACUUGGGGUAUGGUAGUAAGUACUUGGGGUAUGGUGGUAAGUACUUGGGGUAUGGUGGUAAGUACUUGGGGUAUGGUGGUAAGUACUUGGGGUAUGGUAGUAAGUACUUGGGGUUUGGUACCAAGUACUUGGGGUAUGGUAGUAAAUACUUGGGGUAUGGUGGUAAGUACUUGGGGUAUGGUGGUAAGUACUUGGGGUAUGGUAGUAAGUACUUGGGGUAUGGUGGUAAGUACUUGGGGUUUGGUACCAAGUACUUGGGGUAUGGUAGUAAGUACUUGGGGUAUGGUAGUAAGUACUUGGGGUUUGGUACCAAGUACUUGGGGUUUGGUACCAAGUACUUGGGGUUUGGUACCAAGUACUUGGGGUAUGGUAGUAAGUACUUGGGGUAUGGUAGUAAGUACUUGGGGUAUGGUGGUAAGUACUUGGGGUAUGGCGGUAAGUACUUGGGGUAUGGUGGUAAGUACUUGGGGUAUGGUAGUAAGUACUUGGGGUUUGGUACCAAGUACUUGGGGUAUGGUAGUAAAUACUUGGGGUAUGGUGGUAAGUACUUGGGGUAUGGUAGUAAGUACUUGGGGUAUGGUAGUAAAUACUUGGGGUAUGGUGGUAAGUACUUGGGGUAUGGUGUAAGUACUUGGGGUAAGGUGGUAAGUACUUGGGGUAUGGUAGUAAGUACUUGGGGUAUGGUAGUAAAUACUUGGGGUAUGGUGGUAAGUACUUGGGGUUUGGUACCAAGUACUUGGGGUAUGGUAGUAAGUACUUGGGGUAUGGUAGUAAGUACUUGGGGUUUGGUACCAAGUACUUGGGGUAUGGCGGUAAGUACUUGGGGCAUGGUAGUAAGUACUUAGGGUAUGGUAGUAAAUACUUGGGGUAUGGUGGUAAGUACUUGGGGAAUGGUGGUAAGUACUUGGGGUAUGGUAGUAAGUACUUGGGGUAUGGUAGUAAAUACUUGGGGUAUGGUGGUAAGUACUUGGGGUAUGGUAGUAAGUACUUGGGGUAUAGUAGUAAGUACUUGGGGUAUAGUAGUAAAUACUUGGGGUAUGGUGGUAAGUACUUGGGGUAUGGUGGUAAGUACUUUGGGGUAUGGUGGUAAGUACUUGGGGUAUGGUGGUAAGUACUUGGGGUAUGGUGGUAAGUACUUGGGGCAUGGUAGUAAGUACUUAGGGUAUGGUAGUAAAUACUUGGGGUAUGGUGGUAAGUACUUGGGGUAUGGUGGUUAGUACUUGGGGUAUGGUAGUAAGUACUUGGGGUAUGGUAGUAAGUACUCUGGGUAUGGUAGUAAAUACUUGGGGUAUGGUGGUAAGUACUUGGGGUAUGGUAGUAAGUACUUGGGGUAUAGUAGUAAGUACUUGGGGUAUAGUAGUAAAUACUUGGGGUAUGGUGGUAAGUACUUAGGGUAUGGUGGUAAGUACUUGGGGUAUGGUAGUAAGUACUUGGGGUAUGGUAGUAAAUACUUGGGGUAUGGUGGUAAGUACUUGGGGUAUGGUGGUAAGUACUUGGGGUAUGGUGGUAAGUACUUGGGGUAUGGUAGUAAGUACUUGGGGUAUGGUAGUAAGUACUUGGGGUAUGGUAGUAAGUACUUGGGGUAUGGUAUGAAGUACUUGGAGUUUGGUACCAAGAACUUGGGGUAUGAUAGUAAGUACUUGGGGUAUGGUAGUAAGUACUUGGGGUAUGGUGGUACGUACUUGGGGUAUGGUGGUAAGUACUUGGGGUAUGGUGGUAAGUACUUGGGGUAUGGACGUAAGUACUUGGGGUAUGGUCGUAAGUACUUGGGGUAUGGUCGUAAGUACUUGGGGUAUGGUGGUAAGUACUUGGGGUAUGGUUGUAAGUACUUGGGGUAUGGUAGUAAGUACUUGGGGUAUGGUAGUUAGUACUUGGGGUAUGGUAGUAAGUACUUGGGGUUUGGUACCAAGUACUUGGGGUAUGGUAGUAAGUACUUGGGGUAUGGUAGUAAGUACUUGGGGUUUGGUACCAAGUACUUGGUGUUUGGUACCAAGUACUUGGGGUAUGGUGGUAAG